AUGGAAGUGAAAUUUCUAUAUACGCGAAUAUGGAACAACAAAUAUGGCGGCCAUCACGGUACCGCAAAACAUCGAUCCGCUUCGAAACUUCGUAAUUUGGGUAAAUUAGGCUCAGCCGUUUCUGUUGAGAAUGAUGUGCCGGCAAGAAGAUAUUUAAGAUCCGGUUUAGAGAUGGAAAGAAUGGCGAAUAUUUACUUGGAGGAAGGGAAUCUUGAACAUGCUUUUAUUUUGUACACCAAAUUAAUAACAUUGUUGGUAGAGAAACUACCACACCAUUCUCAGUAUAAGCAAAUAACAACUGCCAGCAUAGCUGAUGGGAAAAAGAGAGUUAAUAGAGCGUUUAAAAGAGCUGAGGAACUAAAGGAAAUCUUGAAAAAACGAUAUGGAGAAGAGCUAGAAAUCUGGAAAGUGAAGGAAGCUGAACGGAUACAAUUGGAAAAAGAAAGAGAGGAACAUGCCAGACUUCUCCAACAAGAAAAGGAACAUGCUGCACAACAGGAGUUAGAACGGCAAAAACAAUUUGAGCAACAAAAAGAUGAAGAGAGAAAACAAAGCGCACAGGUGGCAAAAAAUAACUUACCUACGGUCAUGCCUAGCGCACCUCCGCUCGAAGUUAAAGAUUCUGGAAAAAGUUCAAACACAACCAGUAAGGUGUAUUCAAGCCUAAAUGAUGACUUGUCGCAAGUUCAGACAUCUGAAAUUGAAAGAACUAUUCCUUCUAUUGAUAGAACUACAAAACCAAGCUGGUUAGAUUUCGACAGCGGUUUGCGAACUGUAAACGUCCCAACGGAAUUAAUGAGGAAAUUUAUUGAUGUUGCAUCGCCAAAUACCCGUCAGAAUCGGGAAACCUGUGGGAUAUUAGCUGGCAAAUUGAGCCAUCAUGCGUUCUAUAUAUCUCAUCUGGUCAUUCCAAAGCAAACGUCAACGUCCGACUCAUGUACGACACUCGGUGAAGAAGAUAUAUUCACAUACCUAGAUGCGCAUGAUUUGAAUACGCUUGGCUGGAUUCACACUCAUCCAUCUCAAACGGCGUUCAUGUCCAGUAUCGACCUUCACACGCAUUGUUCAUAUCAACAAAUGCUGCCUGAAGCUGUUGCAAUAGUCUGUGCUCCAAAACACUCACAAAUCGGAAUGUACUCCCUCACGAGGGAAUAUGGUUUGAAAUUUAUCCGCGCGUGUAAACAAGAAGGAUUCCAUCCCCAUCCCAAGGAACCGCCGAUAUACGAGGAAAGUGGUCAUAUCAAGUUAGAUGCGAACAUGUCAGCCAUAGUAGCCGAUUUACGGUGAAUCAAUUGAAUGGUAAUAAACUACUAAGGAAAAAUAUACUUCUAUGACGAAAUAAACUAAUAUACCCCGACAAAAUAUCAACUGUCCACAGGAAGAUCGACAAGGACAAUUUGACGAAGGGAAACUGAGAAAGUGAGAAUGUUAUCCCUUCGAAGAGAUUCUCGAAGAGGCCACUCAUUUUAUACUCUUGUAACCAGACACUCUUGUGCUUCGUCUCAAUUCAGACUAGUCCCUAGUCCUCUUUUGCGCGCUUUGUAUUCUUCUGGCUUCUUUUCACUCCCUGCACAAUUUCCAGCGCGUUAGACAGACCUGACACAAGGCUGGUCCCGAUUGGUUUACUCUUUGACUUGUCUGCCCGACUCUGCCACUCAAUCUGUCUUACUGUCUCAAUCUGUAUAGGCCUAAUAUAUACGAGCCACAAAUACACUGUACAUUUGUAGCGGGUUGAAGGGGACAGUAAGAAGGCUUUAAAAUAUAGUUAAAACAUUACCUUAAUAUGCCGUUAUCCUGAUCAGACUUUAUCGAUUUUAAGAUAAAGAAAAAAAACCACAUUUUGUAACACUGACAGGUCCAUGCAUUGCGAAUUAUGCAACGAAAAAUUUUGUUCAAUCGGAAUAGUUUGCGUCGACAGCGUCGUGCAUAA